UUAAACGAUGUAUAUUUACAUUGCCAGUUAGUUCUCUGGUAACAUUGGAUCUUUACACCUGCAAAAUGACAGCUCAGAGUACACUGAUUUUGGCCCUUCUAAUGACAAUAUUCGCAUCAAGUACCCUGGGUCAAUUUGGUGGUGGGUUCGGAAGUCGCCCAGGUGGCGACCGUUUUGGCCAAGGAGGUUUUGGUCAAGGGCAGGGAUUAAGCCAGGGGUCUAGUGGUUUUGGCCAAGGACCUGCAGGAUUUGGUCAGGGGCCUGGAGGAUUUGGCCAACAAGGAGGGUUUGGCAGUGGUGGAUUUGGCCAACAAGGAGGGUUUGGCCAAGGUGGAUUUGGACAACAAGGAGGUUUAGGACAAGGCAGAUUUGGGCAACAGGGUAGGUUUGGGCAAGGGGGAUUUGGACAAGGAGGAUACAGACCUGGCGGAGGAGGCUUCGGUAACGGUGGCUUUGGCCAAGGUGGAUUUGGACAAGAUGGUUUUGGCCGAGGUGGCUUCGGGCGUUGAAGAAGAAGAAUACAUUUAUGUUUAAAUUAGUGUUAAAAUGAACUGAAUAAAUUAAGAUUAUUUCAA